AUGUCCCCUGACCAGUCUGAGCAGCUCACAGCGUGUGCCACUGCGAGCUCCAGACCCAACCGUCACUGUUCUGGAGAGACGGCUCCCCCUACUGCCAUCUCCACUACUGCAGACUCUUCGGGGGAGGACACUGCGCUGGGUGUCUGCAGCUUCUGCAAGUCUGGAGCCCUGAGCUUCCACCAGCACUGCAUCUGCUGCCAGGAGUGCGAGGAGCCGCUGGUGGUCUCUGUACUGUCUCCAGGGCCAAACUCUGCUCUGUGCGAGGAGCCGCUGGUGGUCUCUGUACUGUCUCCAGGGCCAAACUCUGCUCUGUGCGAGGAGCCGCUGGUGGUCUCUACUUGGUUUGCGGCUGAUGCUCAGAUCACGACGCAGAUCAUGGCGUCGAACGUGGAGUUGCACAUGCUCAACACCGGGAGGCCCCCUCUCGUCAUCAUGGUUACACGCCAGCUGCCCCCCUCUCUCUUCAGGUACCAGGGCCAUGUAGGCUCUUCCCUGAUCGUCGGGGUGGAUGUAACCGGACCUCAGCUCUACAGCGUCUAUCCCUAUGUUUCCUUUGUUGCUGUAGACUCUGGGGCUGCGACGGCCGUGUCUGUGUUUGAGGACAGGUUCAAACCAAACAUGGAGCUGAAAAAGGCGGAGCAUUUAGUACGAGAUGCCAUCGCAGCCGGUAUCUUCUGUGACCUCAGAUCUGGAAGUAACGUGGAUCUGUGCGUCAUCAUGGAGAAAGGAGUGGAAAUGAAGAGAGGUUACGAGAUAGCGGCUAAAAGAGGGCAAAGAGAGGGAGAUUAUCGGUAUAAACGCGGAACCUCGGCAGUUCUCACCAAAACCAUCACUCCUCUGAGUCUAGAACUGGUCGAAGAGUCAAUCCAGACCAUGGACCAGGACUAAACCAGGACUAAACCAGGACUAAACCAAGACUAAACCAAGACUAAACCA